AUGAAUGAAAAGAGUACUGGUCAUGCAGGCCAUGGCUGUGCUGCAUGCAAGCACCAGCGGAAGAAGUGUAAGAAAGGCUGCCCCUUGGCGCAGUAUUUUCCUGCUAAACUGUAUCAAGACUUUGUCAACGUUCACAAACUGUAUGGUGUUGCCAACAUCGUAAGGAUUUUGAGAAACAUAGAGCCAUAUCAAAGGAAAGCAGCCGCUCAGUCAAUAAUGUUCGAGGCUGAGGCAAGAAGGGUUGAUCCAGUGCUGGGUUCCUUCGGUCUUGUCCACAAACUUAUUUCCCAGAUAGAUGCUUACAAGAAGGAGCUUCAUAUCAUCAACCAACAACUAUCUUACUAUCGACAACAGGAAGAAUCCCAGAAGCUACAACAGUUACGAUGGUUUCAAAUUGCUUCAUCUUCAUCACUGCCAAUUAAUGCUUAUAAUGGAGGAAGCAUGGAAAACUUUGGUGAUGAUCAAACCGCAAAUGCUUACACUAGUUUCAUUUUACAAGAAUUUGAAGACAUUAAGCCUCCUUUCGAUUUCAACUCCUCUGAUCAAGAAAUAAAUGUUUAUUUCAAUAACAUGCCUCCUGCAAACAAUAAUGUGCAAGUAUUCAGGUAA